UACAGCUUUAAGUGAUCAGAUGCUCGCGCAGUCUGUGGUUCGCUGUGACGCUGCAGGGGCUGGUCCACGGACCGUAAUGGUCGUCCCAGUCUGCUGUAAUGUAAUGGGAGUGGGCGAGCUGGGAUAGGCUGGGAGUGUGGUCGGUGUGGAGCCGUCAGCGGGACAAGGCUCAGGCACAGACGACGAAGAAGAAGAAGAAGAAGAAGAAGGGGAAACUGUGAACUUCUGGCCUCCUGCAUGCUGGGCUGGACAUUUGACGGGGGUUUGAAUAAAAGAGAAGAAAAGCAUUUGUUGCAUUCGAGGGUCUCGUUGUGUGUCUGAGCGGCGCGGAUGAUACAAAGACGCGCAGCCGAGCAAACUUUCUCUGCCAGGUUUGAUCGCUCCUGAAAAAACAAGAGAGAAGGAAGAAGAAGAAGAAGAAGAAGGAAAAACACCCACCGGGAAAUCAAGUUUCUCUCUUCUAACCGCGGGGACCUGAAGGAGAGGACGUCAUGCCACGGCGCACAGUGCUAGAAGUAACAGUGCAGGAUGUCCAGAAGCGAAGGACUCCCAACAAACACUAUGUUUACAUCAUCAAAGUGUCCUGGAGCGAUGGCAGCACAGAAAUCAUUUACAGACGCUACAGCAAGUUCUUUGACCUCCAGAUGGAAUUGCUGGAUAAAUUCCCAGUGGAGGGAGGCCAGAAAGACCCCAAGCGCAGGAUCAUUCCUUUCCUUCCAGGGAAAAUCCUGUUCAGGAGGAGCCAUAUCAGAGACGUGGCCAUGAAAAGACUAAGGCCCAUCAACGAGUACUGCAGGGCCCUCAUUCAACUCCCAGUCUACAUCUCCCAGUGUGAAGAGGUCCGAGUUUUCUUCGAGACCAGACCCGAGGAUCUCAAUCCGCCCAAGGAGGAACCCAUUGGAAAGAAGAAAUCAGGCUUUGUGGAGAGAGCGACCACUUUCCUUAAGCGAGGAGAUUCCAGCUCGGUAGAUCCUCUCCUUCUCGACCAGUAUGUGGCAGUAACAGACUAUGAAAAGCAGGAGAGCUCUGAAAUCAGCCUGCACGUGGGCCAAGUGGUGGAGGUCAUCGAGAAAAACGAGUCUGGGUGGUGGUUCGUGAGCUCAGACGACGCCCAGGGCUGGGUUCCUGCCACCUGCCUCGAGGCUCAGGAUGACCCUGACGACUUCAGUCUUCCAGGGGAAGAAGUGCCUCGGAGAUUCUGGUCACUGCCACGGCACGUGGGUCGCCGCAGAACUUUAGGGGAUCUGUUCAGCACAGGCUUUGGGCAAGAAGAGAAGUAUUCGGUGAUUUAUCCGUACGCGGCCAGGGACGAGGACGAGAUUGACCUGGAGAAAGGCAUGAUUGUCGAGGUGAUCCAGAAGAAUCUGGAGGGAUGGUGGAAGAUCAGGUACCAGGGCCGUGAGGGCUGGGCCCCCGCCUCCUACCUGAAGAAAGCAGACAUCCAGAGCCAGAAGCAGUCAGCUGGAGCUUCCGCCUUCGCCAGCGCCAACGACCUCGACGGGUUCUCCAAACAGAACCAGCAGAACAACGCGGCGAGAGAGAACCGGGACAACAGCCAGAAGGAAAACAGGCUCUCGCUUUUCUCAGACGGCAACAAAAGCAUGGGAUCACGACACAGACCUCCUCCACGCAGAGAUCUUACCAUUCCACGUGGUGCAAACCUACCCAAGCCGCCCGUCCCCCCGCUGGUUGAGGAAGAGUUCUACACCAUCGCUGAUUUCCAGACAACCAUACCCGACGGUAUUAGCUUCCAGGCUGGAUUUAAAGUCGAGGUGAUUGAUAAGAAUUCCAGUGGGUGGUGGUACAUCCAGAUAGACGACAAAGAGGGCUGGGCCCCCGCCACCUUUAUCGACAAGUACAAGAAGACCAGCAACGCCGUGAGACCUAAUUUCCUCGCGCCUCUGCCCAACGAGAUGGAGAAGCUGAGACUGGAAGACGGCAGUUUUUCGAGUGGCUCCAGCACGGACGACAACUGGUCCAAGCCUUUGCCGGAUGAGCCGACCACAGCCGCCGAGUCCCGGCCUAAGCUGAGAGACUGGAAAACUAGUGCCAACAAGGGAGGCGCCACCUUCUCCGGGCCUCUGCCUCCAGCCCCAGCCGCCCCUCCAGCCGAAGAGAAGCCAGCUCUGCCACCGCGAAGGGAGUCCAUCAAUAAGAGCUUUGAAUUGGAGGUAGCCGAAAAACCAAGGUCUGAUCUUUCCAAACCGUUGCCUCCCAAACCCCCGGCUCCUGGGGUCAUCAUGCCUCUGGUUACACCCAAGCCGCCGCCGCCCUUCAAACCGGAGAAGACACCAGAGACAAAGAAAGAAGACAAGAACAAACCUCUUCAUCUUCGGAACGAGAUGGGCCUCGAGUGUGGGCACAAGAUUUCUGCCAAAGAGGUGAAGAAGUUCAAUUUGAAACCUGUGCCUAAGCAGCCGCCGAAACCCAAACCAGAGACGCAGGAGGAGAAACCAGAGGUGCCCGGGCCCUCAGUGUUCAUGAAGCCCAAGCCAGUAAUCCGGCCAAAACCUGUUCCCGCCGCCAAGCCGGAUCCACCGGCCGAGAACAAGCUCGACAUCACCAACCUGAGGAGCAAACUGAGGCCACCGAAGCCUGCGGACCUCAGCUCCGCGUCAGUGGAGGUCAACCAUCAGAACGGCACCUCAGCAGUUAACAGUUCCCACCCCAGCUCACCCACGAGCUCCCCCCCCACCCACAUCCCGACUCUCAACAACUCUAAGUACUCUGAAGAGCCCAAACUGCCCUCGAGACAUGUUAACGGUCAUAACCAGGAUUGCUCUCCGCCCCCGGGAAAACCAGCGGUUCCUCCGCAUAAGGAAGCCCCCCCCCAGAGACCUCCCGCCAUGGCUCCAAGGAGACCCCCUCCUCCAAAGAAGACUGACCCGUGCAGUCCACCUGAUCUCAAACUUCCAUCCACUCCAAAGGUAAACCAGGAUAUGCCCAAGGCGCCGCCCCCGCAGCUCAGCAGGCCGCCUCCCCCUAAACCCAAAGGCUUCGUCCAGACGCCCGCGAACAAAGAGAAAGAAGAAUCCAAGGUCAACAAAGUCCCGAUUCCUCCCAAGCCCCAAAUGAAGAGCGAGAAGCCGAGCCCGCCCAAGGACAAGCUCCCGCCUCUGCUCAGGGAGCCCAGUAAGGACGAGCUGUAUUUAGCCGUGGCCGACUUUGAAGGGGACGAGCAGACGUCCGCCUUCAGAGUGGGCGCCGUGUUUGAGGUGCUGGAGAAAAACAGCAACGGCUGGUGGUUCUGUAAGAAUGUAGGAGAAGACGUGGAGGGCUGGAUCCCCUCCAACUACCUGAGCAAGAAACCUUAGUUCUCUCCCAACCAACCGCCGCCAUAUGAAUAAUAACAAUAAUAAUAAGGAUUUAGAUUUACUUUGUAGCUCAUAGGCAUUUUUUUUGUUGUUUUUUUUAUUUAUAGGUACCUUUUUUUAAUUUGUUUUUUUUAUAAAGGAUAUUGUACCUAAACUGAACCAGCAAUAACACGCGCUCUUAUGGGAGCGUGUGAUGUUUACUUGUUUUUUUUUUUUUUUUUUUAUAAACGUUACGUGAGAUAUUAUCUGCUUUUAUUGCCGUGUGUUUGUGGCGAAGUAAAGACGGUGGAUUCAUUCAUUCAUUCAUUCAUUCAUUCACGUUGUCUGCAGUAAGUACACGUCCAUGCCUUCUGUGAUACGGUGCCUCUAUAUUAUUAUUAUUAUUAUUAUUAUUAAUAUUAUUAUGAUGAUGAUGCCAAGUGCUUCAGUGCUUUAUAAACUGUAUGCAAAACAAACAAAACAAUCUUAGACAAAGACUGCACACACACACACACUUUCCAGGGGAAUCCAGUGGCUUUCUAAAGUGCUAAAACAGUUGGUAGCAGUAUAUGCCAAGUAGAAAUGCUGUUUGUUGUAAUAGAAAAACAUGCAAAUGUAACGCUUUUCCUUUUGAAUUCACGUGGCAGUGACUUUGUAACAACUGGGCCCUCCGUCGCGCUCCUGUCAGAUGAGUUUGCACACGCGUCAAUGUCACACUUUUUUUUUUAUACCAAAUAUAUAUCAAUGUGAGGACGAGGAUGAAACAACGUACAACAUAAAUAAAAAUAAUCAAGUGUGACUUUCUGUAGCAGGAGAUAUCAGGGGGGAUCCACAGUAAAUUUGUGCAAUGAUAUACAGUAUUUUAAAUGUACAGUCUGGACAUUUUGGUGCUCGAGUAACAGCAAAGGAUGACCGUUGUAUAAAAAAAAAUGUUUUACAUGAAUUGCUUGACUGGUCUCAAGCAUGGUCAAAAUUAUUUUUAUUGUACAGUAAUAAUAAGAAGUCAUAUCGGAACGAUUGUGUCUCUUCUUCGAUCCAUCGAUCGUUAUAGGUCUGUAACUCUGUGCUGGUUUUCUGGGGGGUACUAACGGGAGAAAGAGCCAACAAAGGGAAUUUGGUUACAUGUGAUAAAUGUGUUACAGUGAAGAAAAAGUGUUAAAAAAGAUGAUUUGGGACAAAUUCAGACAAGGCUACACGCUGUAACAAUCGUGUUCUGCUUCUAGUUGCUUUAAUCGCCAAACACCACCUCCCGUUGCUUUUUUAAACGGACAUUUGUUGCCAAAAUAAAAGUUUGAAUACACCUAAAAUUGUAUUAUUACGGUAUCAUUUACGUUGACUAAAGGGCAGAGAGGUACAGUACAGCACAAAGCAGAUUUGUGGGAUGGUCGAUGGCGUCAUUGUUGUAACCUUUAUUUACUUUGUUCCUGUCUGUGUUCUGUAUUUUCAUUACAGUGAGUGAGUCCUUCUUUCUCUCAAGUCAAUAAAGUCUCAAGAUUUUUCAGUUCAA